AUGUCUGCUAACGAGAUACUACAACCAGCGGCUUUUGAAUACGCAGAACCAGUGAAGAGAAUCUACGACUCGCAAGGUUUACAUUCUUUCCAGACUUCAGUGGCACUUUAUGAAAUCCAGAAAUCAUUGACCAAGAUAGUGGCUCUUGUUGAGAAUAAAGAGGUUCCAGAUGGGGUUCUAAGUAAGGAAUUGUUAUAUACUGAGCAGGAUGCUGAUAAAUAUUCACAUGAUUUUGAAAUACCAUUGUUUGAGGAUCCACAAUCUACAACUUUAUUACAAGAUAGAGUUACUCGCAAUCCUUAUUUGAAAUCUUUAUUGUCAUUAUUUGAAGACCUUUCAUUACUAGUGGAUCAAGUACCGCCUUUGGAAGGUCCAAGAAGAUAUGGGAAUUUGGCAUGUCGUGAUUAUCAUACAAAAUUCGAAUCAAAAUUGAAUGGAUUACUUACAAAGUAUAUAUUACCAUUUUAUAACUUACCAAAUCCUGAUGGUUUUAUUAAAGAAAUCGGUUGGUAUCUACUGAAUGCUUUUGGUUCAAAGGAAAGAUUAGACUAUGGAACCGGUCAUGAAUUGAAUUUUUUAGCUUUUAUAACUGGGUUAUGGAAAACAAGAGUAAUACCAAUAGAUAAUAUUGAUGGUUAUGAUUUUUUAAUAAUUUUUGGUAAAUAUUAUGAUUUAGCAAGAAAAUUAAUUACAACUUAUUCGUUAGAACCUGCUGGCAGUCAUGGUGUUUGGGGUCUUGAUGAUCAUUUCCAUAUUUCUUAUAUCUUGGGUGCUUCUGAAUUAUUAAACAAUUCUAAAACGAUGCCAGGUGUUUCGCCAAAAAUGAUUAAUAAUAGAUCGGUUGUUUUCCAAUAUAGCACCAAAAAUUUAUAUUUCAAUUCAAUUUCUUUCAUUUAUAAAGUUAAAAAAGGUGCAUUCUUUGAACACUCACCAAUACUAUAUGAUGUUUCAAAUGUUAAAAACUGGGAAAAAAUCUUGAAAGGUAUGUUGAAGAUGUACUCAGCUGAAGUUGUUAAUAAAUUUCCUGUUGUUCAACAUUUUUAUUUCGGUGGUGUUCUUUUUCCAUGGAGAUCUAUUAAAAAUGGAUCAAUUCUACCAAUAUCAACAGGUGAAGAUUCCAUUACAGAACAAUCAUCAUCGACUUCACAUUCGAACAAUGAAUUACAAAAUAAAUUAUCUUAUCCACAUCAAAAUGAUCAAAUACCCUUGGUAUCUGCACCUUGGAAAAAUAAACAAUCACAAGCUCAAUCUUUACAAGAGAGAUUAACUUCUUCAUAUACAUCAACGAGAAGAUCACCAACUCCACAAGGAUUUCAACAACCACAACAACAACAACAACAACAACAACAUACUAGAGCUCCAUGGGCUGUAAAUAAUCAAAGUGGAUCACAGCAACCACAAGAAACAACGAGAGCUACAUGGGCUAAAAGAUAA